AUGUUGGCCUUUUUGUUUGAAAUGGGCUGUUAUCUCUGUAUCGUUGCUUGUUUCAUAUGUGUCGGAGUUGUUGGAUACGUGAUUCUUCAACUCCAGAAUAUGAAGAAGAUCUAUAUUCAAAACGAAAAGAUUCUUCAACUGCUAUCCGAUCAACAUACGUCACUUCCAGUGGAAAAAGUAGAGGAGAAAGAAGUGGAUCCAGAAGAAUCAAAUUUUGAGUCAGCUGCUAAUACUACAAUGAUUCAAAUCCACGAACAAGGCCAACAAUUUUCGGAAUCAGAAGAUGAAUCGGAGAGAUCUUCAGAAUAUCUGAUUCCAGAUUAUGAGGAUUCUGAGGAUGAAUCAGAGUAUAACUUCAAAAGAAACUCAAGUUUCUCAUUGAACAAUGGAGCUGGAACUGGAUCAUCUGGAUACAAUACUGAACAUGAAAUUGAUUUGGACUGGGAAUACUUCAAAAUAAUGAAAGCUCCACGCGGACCAGUCCCGCACGAUCAAAUUCUUCUCUGUUUCACUUGUAAUAUAACUGGAUUUUAUUUGAAAGCAGUUGUCGAUAAGGACCAUACAGCAGUCUGGAUUCUUAGUUACGAGAAGAAUAUUGUGGAAGAAUGGGAAUGGAGUGAAACCACUUGCUUGACUUGCAUUGAGAAGGUUCGACGAGUUCUUGCUGACGGAGAAUGUCCAACUCCAUUUGCUAUCGAUUUAGAGAACAACGGUGAAGAAGAAUUAACCAUGGAACAGACUACUAUUUGUCAAAAAUCUGCUUCAGAAGUCGCAAAAACUGAACACGCAGAUGUAGAAGACAUCAAGUAUCUUCCAUCUGAUGGAGAACAAGAAGACGUCAUUGAGAAACCAAUAGCAACUUUCCCAUUGUGGGAUGACUUCGAAUACAGCAGUCUUGAUCAUCUUGAGUAUGAUGAUGAACCAAUUAUUUUUCUAGGAAACUAUUAA